AUGUUUUACUUUAAUUUUACCUUACAGUAUUCUAAAAGAAAUGUUAUUAAUUCUAUAAAAAGAGCAUAUAGUAAUAUUAAUAAAAAUGUAAUAGAAAAGGAAGCAAAAAAGACAGAAGAUAUUCUUUUUUAUAUUCAAAAAUGUAUAUUAGAAGAAAAUACGAAAAAUAGAAAUUUGCUUUGUUUUCAAUCAAUAUAUAACGAAAAAAAUGAUUUAAGAAAGAUUCAUCUUAAUUUAAUAAAAAUAUCAUACUUACUAAAAAAUAUAUGUGUUAAUGAACAAAAAUGGCUAUUAAUAUAUGAAAAAAUUGGGAAUUUAUAUUUAUUAGAUGAGCAAAUAUUUAGAAACAAAAAAAAAACAAUCCAAUUAAAAAGUAUGCUUAAAAAUGAUACACUAAAUAAAGAAAAUACUGUAAUAGAAAACUACAAUUUAUGUAAUGAUAAUAUAAUAGAAAAUGAAAUUUGUAAGAAAUACCAUCUUUUUAACUUAAAUUCAUGCUAUAUAUUUGUUUUCAAAAUAUGUUUAGAUAAUAUAUUGAAUUAUUUACCAUUAUAUACCAUUAGUAAUUAUAUAUUAAUAUUAAAAUGCUGUGAAAAUUUUUAUAAUUUUUUUUUUAAGUUACAUAAAAGAAAAAAUCUUAAUAAGCUGAAUUUUAUUUAUAUAUAUUCGUACAACAGUAAUUAUAAAUAUAACGUAAAAAUUUUAAAAAAUAAAAACGAAAUAAUAAAAAAUGAAGAAAAAUUAAAUUUAAAUUAUUAUUAUCAAGAAUUAUUUAACUUGAAAUAUCACCAAAUACUUAUAUAUAACAUAGAUUUGACUACAAAAAUAUUGGAUACUUUAAAUUAUGAUUUAAUUGAUGAUAAAAAUUUUGCUCAGCUAAGUAUGAUUAUUUAUACGAAAACAAAGAAUGGUUUAAUAAAUGAAAAAAAUGUUUUAAAAUUUUUAGAUUAUUAUAUAGAAAAAUUCAGAAAUAAUUCACUUAAAUAUGAUAUAAAUGAAUUUUCUAAAAUUAUUAAUAUAAUGUAUUAUUCAAAAAUUGUCCAUUAUAAUAUAAUAUUAUAUUUUGUUCAUAUAUUAAAAAAAAUUAACCUAUCUGUAUUUUGUAAAAAAACUUUAUUUGAAAAUUACUUAAAAUUAUUAAGGAUAUUAAAUUUAAAGGACAAUAAUUUUUAUAUUUAUAAUUACUGUAAAUAUUAUAUUUUGAAUAAUGUAGCUUAUAUAAAUUUAUCAAACUUUUAUAACUUUUUUUUUGUUUCAUCAAUUAUAGGUGUAUUUGAUAUUUCAUUAAUAAAUUUAUAUAUAAGUUUUUUAAAAAAAAAUAAAAUGAACUUGAAAAUAUCAUUAAAACACAAAAUAUAUUACACUUUAUUAGGAUGGGAUAUAAUACUAAAGAAUUUUAUUAAUAAUGUAAAAGAAAAAGAAAAAAUAGAAAUUAUUUUACUCAACUUUAAGAAUAAAAACAUUCAUUAUUUUUAUUCAAAUAAAUUAUACAAUAAUUAUUCCCAUUUAUCAUUUGAAAUAAACCAUUUAAUGAAUAUUUAUAAAAAUAAAAUAUUUAUUGAAAAAAAUAAAAAAAUUAUUGUGAAUUAUUAUUUUAAUCAAUAUAAUAUUUUGAAUAUUCUGAAAAAGCAUUUUAGUUAUGUAGUAUAUGAAUAUAUAACUGACCAAAAAAUAAUAUUAGAUGUAUUCUUAAAAAUUUAUAAAAAUAAUUUAUAUAAAAAGAUCGGUAUUGAAUUUAAUGGGAGGACACACUAUAACUUACUAGUUAAAAAAGGAAAUAAUAAUGAAAUAUCUUAUAAUAUGAUAGAAAAUCAUAAUACAAUACAUAAAAAAUGGCUAUUGUCAAAUUUUCAUUUUUCAAUAAUUGAUAUUCCAUAUUAUAAAUGGAAUGAGUUAAAUGAAGAAGAAAAAGAAAAAUAUCUUAUAAACACUAUAGAAUUUCUAAAAUAA